GGGAUGAUUGUCAACAAAGUACCCGUUGACCCAUCGUUUUCGUGGUGCCGGGAUGUUGCGGAGCUUGGUCGUGUCGAGAAUCAUUGGGACCCAUCUGAGGAACUAUUCCGCUAGCUUGUAGACAUGGCCACUUCAGACGAGCAGCCAGCUUCCACGGGGGCGGAAUGCCUACCCAUCCUCAUGGAAAAACUUAAAACGACGACUUUCGACGACAUCCAGAGCAUUGAAGACUUCGACAGACCAAAGCAGUUUUCUUGCGCCUAUCCCGAUAUGCCUUUCGAAAUAAACGGCAUCAAGUAUAUCCAGUAUGAAUCGGAGCUCCAAAUGCCGGCGAUGAUGGACCUUUUCCAGAAGGACCUCUCUGAGCCCUACUCUAUAUACACUUAUCGCUACUUCAUCCAUAAUUGGCCCAAACUCUGUUUCCUCGCGAUGGAUGGGGACGUCUGCGUGGGAGCAAUAGUGUGCAAGCUGGACACUCACAAGAAACGCGACGCCCUCUGUGAAAUUCCGCAAAUGCGCGGCUACAUCGCUAUGCUCGCGGUUGAAGCUGACUACCGCAAGCGGAAAAUCGCUUCCACUCUCGUCCUCACCGCUAUCCGAGCGAUGGUAGCGAACAAAGCCGACGAGAUCGUUCUGGAGACUGAAAUAACGAACAGACCGGCGUUGAAACUCUACGAGAACCUCGGGUUUGUGCGCGACAAGCGUCUGUUCCGCUACUACUUGAAUGGAGUUGACGCGUUCAGACUCAAAUUGUGGCUGAGGUGAAAUGGGCUCUGUGAUUCAUUUAAAUACGGACCUAUAGUUCU